AUGAAGCUACCCAAGCUUGACAACUACUUGCGAAUCUAUUUUAAAAUGGAUUGGGCCAUUUCAGACUACCCAGGAACUCUGAAGCGACCUGCAAAGGUCUGUACCCAGCCGCCACAAUGCGUGUUCGUUAUGGCAGGUCCUCCCUUUGUUGCCGAACAACGCGCUGAAACACUGCACAUGGGUGGCAUAGAGAAUACUGUGGACGCUGCUUCUGUUGUCGACGACGUGAUGCUUCGUCAGAAGCCUGGUGCUGUGUCACCUCUGACUGUACUGGUUGGUGGCCACAGCCGGAACUCGACGGGCUUUCCUCUCCAGGAGGAAGUACCGCUACCUGCCGAACACCUCACCAAGCAAACAGAUCCCAUCACCUCAAUGCCUGAACUGGGAACAUUGAAGCAAGAAAUAGGAAGCCGAUCCACACAAGGGACGGCUAUGGGAAAUGUGAGGGAAAGGCUAAUUCAGACAAAUCAGGGAGUCCGGAGCCAGACUGCAGGAGUGAUGGGUGGCGGGACCAGCAUCAACAUGGGGAUAGUGGCGAUGGAAAACAGGGAAUUCUUUGAGUACCUGAACGAAAAGCACGGCUGGCGGCUCGACAUAGACUUGCUGAACGAGGCUCACCAGUGGAUCAGUAAGGCAUUCAAGCCUAUGCCUCAAGAUACAGACUACGGGUCCAGGGUGGCGCUGAGUCUGCAAGAUGAGGGGUAUAAACCGCUUUUUCAGUCGGAUGAGCGGGCGAAGAAAUUUGCUUGCGCUCGAUCAGGUCUUGGUUGUCAUGCUGAGCUGUUGCCUGGUCACGUGUGGGGAGGUGUAACCGUGUUUGACAAGGACAACAAGUUCUUCAGGAACGCUGCUGAUGUCUUCUUGUACGACGCUCCCGGAGAGUUUGCUCACCCGGUGCGUCUUCUGGUGAAGACGGAGCAGUUUGUGGAGAGAGUUCUCUUCGCUAGUACAAACGCCGUCCGGCCACGGGCUGUUUGUGUGACUUACCGGCCCGCCUCGGCGGAAGACAUGGCUCCGAUAGGCCUUGAUGCACCCCCGCCGAGAAAGCCCGAGGAAACUGGAGGGAUAUUAGAUUAUUUGCUGUCCUACGUUCGCCAGCUGAUUGAAUGGGCCUGGCCCAGUGAGCCACCGUCGGAAAUGGCGUGCAUCCGUGGGCACGGUGAGGUCAUUUUGUCUGCUGGAGCAGUCCACACCCCACUCAUUCUUUUCCGUUCGGGUGUCGGACCACGAGAACAACUUCGGGAAAUAGGAGUUCCGGAGGUCGCGGUGAUGGAGCAGCUGGGACGCAAUCUUUCUGACAGGGUACUUAUUCCUAUCCAGAUGUUCCUAAAGGACAAGAAAAGAAAGACAGACCGAGUUCCGAGAGUUUGCCAAGUUCUUGGCGCAAGACACCACGGACCGCAGUGCGACGGAGUUGGCAUCAGCGAACGGACUCUCAAAUGUUCGCUGCUGACAACGGAAGAGCUGUCGGGUCCGAACGUCAUCCACGGUCUCCUCUGGGCAUCUCAUCUGCUGCUGCCACCUUCAUGGAGGGACCAUCCUGCAGCCCACGCUGUCUUCAAAUUCGUUCGAUUCUGCGAAGGAAAGGUGCAGUUCCAGGGCACACUGCAAUACCCGCCUGCUUGCAUGCUUGUCGAAGGGCUCCUUGACUGUUUGGACCGGAGUAUUUCUCUGUUCUACUUUACGACCGAGCCCAAGUCACGAGGAUACAUUCGUCAACACAAAGACGGAAGAAUUGAAGUUGAGGCUAACUACCUCAAAAACGAGCAGGACUUGUUCGAUGCCACAAGGGGCGUUCAGUCUCUCAUUCAGCAAAUCAACGGUGGCCGAUUCAAUAACAUCGUCGAGCCUCUACAGCCUGGUUCUUGCCCAGUGCUGAUGCUUCACACUGUCGUCCAGCUCUUCUUGGAAUUCGCUCAGGCAGACGAUCUGCCACAGUACGAAAAGCAACUUCUUUCGGUUCGACGGCAUGCCGCGGAUUUUCAGCCGUAUCGUCAUGAGCAGGGUCGUCCCCAGAUGCCUUCGACCUCGGAAGACGAGUUAUCCUUUCUCAGACUGAUACAGAAGCUAACCGAACCAACUGGAGAGCUCAAAAAUGUGAACGAACGGCCGAUAUUUCGCGCUGCUGCGGAGAAUCCCGGGAGGCCCGAGGGAGCAGGGGCGCAAGAUAGAGCCGCACGGCCGGUAGAAAGGUUUGAAGAGGCACUGGGUCAGGUUUUUAAAGAGAGAGAGAAGCUCAAGCAGUUAUUUGAAACUGGGAGCGCUCAACAACGCCGGCGACAAGAACAGGCGUCGCCAGAAACGACCAAGCCACCAAUACCAGAAAAAGAUACAUUGCGGAGGGAUCAGUCAGCGGCACAGUCUGGCGUAUGCGCCGAUCAUGUAGAGCCUGCCUGCAAAUUCGGGCCGAUUCAUAGUGACCUUUACACCACAACAUGUAGCACACACGACAUCUUUACCAAGCGAUACGGCUUCUCUGCGUGCUCUUCAUCACCCGGAGCGUCUACAGUCCAACAGGAACGCUCUGAUAAUUUUACGGCUUGGGAGGCGAGUCUCGCCGAAGCCGGGGUGCAGCAGUUUUUCAAAGAGAGGCUGCCGUCGGGGUCGGCUCAGUGGGCAGCUACUUAUCCCCCCAUCUUGCCGCGAACUGACGAUCCGGAGUCACUGGCGGCCUUCGCGGUCACGUACAUGACAAGCAUCUGGCACUUUGCCGGCACAGCAGCUGUGGGAGACGUGGUCAACCAUGAAUUUCGGGUGAAGGGCGUUAAAAAUCUGUCCAUAGCAGACGCUUCCGUACUCAAUCAAAUGACGCGUCUUAAUCCAACCGCGACUUUAAUUACUCUCGGAAGAUAUAUCGGCUUGCUGAAGGCCAAGUCCACCCGAACCAAGACUGCGCGUAACACACAGUCUGAGCGAAAAGAUCGGCCUUAG